AUGUGGCGGACUCAGAGGAAGAUAGGUCUUCGACCUCUUCCUCCAGUUCAGGAUCACGAUCCGGGUCUGCUUCGUCGUCUGCAGACAGCGCGUCCUACAGCUUGGCCGGUGGCAGAUACCAACGUUCCGUCGCCGGUGGACGGUGUUGCUGGAAAGGCCAUCGUUAGCGGGAACCGAAAGGCAUCCAUGAGGGUCGACAAGGAACUAAGGAAAACGAACCGGUCUAAGUCCAAGGGAUUGGCCGUCUUCAUCAAAGACAAGGCUGUGGAAGUUUUGAGGGAUGCGGAAAAGCUGGUUCAAGCCAGCGACGGCGGAUCAAGCUCCCCAAGCUCCCUGCGGACGGAGAAGUCCUUGCAGCGUCAGAAAGAAUGGGAGGUAGAUCAUGCCAUGGUGAGGGCAAGAAAGCUGCGGGAGGAGCGCAUUCAGGAAUACCAACAGGAACAAAAGAUUCGUCGAGAAAUAGCCGCAAUCGAGGCGGCGAAGCUCAGCUCCCACGAUUCUGUGGAGCCAUCCGUUGAUGAGGUCAUGUCCAUGGUAGGGUGGGAUCCACAGGGAACCUACACUAACAAGGAGUUCGAGACCUUCGCCAACAAGGCAACGAAGAAGCUUAGGGAGCUGGGCAGGGAGGACACCUUCGAGCUAGCGAAAUACGGCAACAAAGCGUUCUGAUACCGACGGUUCUGCAUAAGCCUUUUGAAGGCAUCGCGCGACCGCACAAGAACGUACCGCAAGUAGUUGUUUUCUUGAGUUGGGUUUCUUGAAGUUGUCGUGUGAUCUUGGAGCAAGAGUAAUAAAACGCAAUUUGGAGA